GUCGCAACAUGACGGGAAACAAGAGCAGACUACCUACCAAAAAUGUCGACUUCUCUCCCGCUGAUUUCAACUUUCUCUCAGCCAAAAAGAGAAAAAAAACGUCAGCCAGUGAGUCAUGCUGUGCGAUACUUUGCCCUUAUUGGCACAGUCAUUGAAAACGAUUCGAGAUAAACCUGUAUACGCCGGACGUAUCAAGAAACUAUACGAGGCAUCCGCUCGCGUUUUUCGUUCAUUACACCUCCUUGACAAUCCGGUCCAUCGUGCUUCCGCCGUCGACGACAAUAAAACACGACCAUCCAAUACCAUUCGUACAGCAGCUGAAGCCUACACCCGAAUUCUCUAUGAUUACGUCUCUCGUCUGAAAUAUGAACGUGGCAAAGAAGCGUUAUCAGAACGAUUCAAGUUUCAAGAUAUCACCGCUGUCUGGCACCUUUUCGAGAUUACACUGUUGCGAGGCGACACUUCCGCAGUACAAAGUCGGCAACUCAUGGAUUGGCUCAAUAAAACGCAAAGAGCCGAUCUGUUAAAGUUUGAUAUCCAAGGCAUCUUCAACUGCUCCGAUCCUCUGAAUCAUCCAUUUUUCUGGCCAUACGUUUACAAGCUCGUUCUGCGGUCGGAAAUGGAUAGCUUAGUACAACUGCUACAUGUAGCUGAACGGCGAGCAAACCCAUCGCACGACUCACCGUGUCAUACACUAACAUGGAUCAUCACGCACAUGCCUUCUACACCAAAAUAUCGGCACAACACGGACGAUGAGGCUUUUCUCAGCGAAUUCGAUACAUGGAAGCAAGAACUUGCAAAGACACGACAAAAAUAUCAGUCCAUGUCGUUUUCCACUCCCCACUUCCACUCAAGUCUCUAUGCCCUAGACAUACUUUGCGGAAAUGCGGAUGUCAUACGAGCAUAUGCUUCCUCCAGUUUAGAGGCCCUGGUGGCCAUCCUCUACUAUGGUUACCCUUUAUCUACCAUCGAUACCAUUUACCAAGAAUAUCCUCUUCAAGAUGAAGUGAUGAUGGAAACCAGGUGGAAAGUGUUUGACAAGCUGUUUCAAGGCGAUGUCUAUGGCGUAUUGGAAGAAUGUACCGGUUUAGACCCAUGGUUGCUGGCUCAUAUGUGUGAUUUACUGGCGUUAUCGGGGCAAUUGACGGAACCUAUUUAUCUUCACAGCCAAGUGGACUUGUAUCGGCCGGUCAGUAUUCGCUCCUUUUUCAUCAUGGAAUAUGCUGCGUCUAUUUGCAGUCAAUCAAUAUGGCCUUACGCGUUUGAUUAUCUGCGCACGUGUAAUGAUAUCGGCCAAGAAUGCAUGAACGAGAUUAUCAAGUGGGUUCACCCCUCGGACGGGGGCGAAGAAAUGUUAUUACAACGGCUCUGCGAGGAAUAUGGUUUAAUACUAGACCGCUCGUGAUAUAAAAAAAAUGGUCUUCUUUUCAAAUGUAAAUAUCGAAUAACGUGUGAAUUUGAACACUUGUAAAAAAAUAAAAGUAAAGCCUUCGUUGGUGAAUGAAACA